AUGACCCAAGGGACUGGUACCUGCCUUUUGGGAGGCCUAUUUCGCAAGUGGCGCUAUGCAGGGCGCGAUGAGUCCUUGAUACCAUUAUCCAUCAAUGGUUCUCCCAUCCCAGACCACAUACAGCAUGCAAUUCACAUUUCCAACACUGCCGUCCCGGAUCUCGAGAAGCUUCUCCAGGGCCCAGACAUCCCCUCCUGUACAGUCGACAGUGCUGCUAAAAUACGGAAAGGCCACAUUGUCCCGCCCCCACCCACCGACACACCUGUGCCAGUUGAAGUCAUAAAUGGAGAAGAGCAUGGUUCUCCCAUCGACCCUGCUGAUCUUCCCAAAGGCCCUUUCUUCGAGGAAGCUGUUAACUCAGGUGUGUACCCUGUACAGUCAACAGUGCUGCUAAAAUACAGAAAGGCCACAUUGUCCUGCCCCCACCCACCGAAACACCUGUGCCAGUUGAAGUCGCUUCCCUUCUCCCACCUUGAGCGCCCACCGAACGUCGACCCAACUAUGGUUGCAACACGCCUCCAGCGCCUCCUCAUUCCCUCCAUAAUGCCUGUAGGUCUCGACGUGCACCAGAUCAUCAACGAGCGCGAUCGCUUCAUCGAAGCACGCAUCCAACAGCACAUUAAAGAGCUCGAGGAGAUCCCAGCCACCAUCGGCGAUGGCAGCUUUGAUUCUCUGGCAGAUGUUAUCCUCAGUCCGCACAAGCAAGAGCCCCCCAACGAUAACCAGCGACUCUCAGCACUGUCCCCACACGAGAAGUUAUGUGCAAUGAUCGAGCUCAAUUCUCUCUCUCUCUCCAACAUCGUAUCAUGCGUUUCAGAAGAAAACGGGAUGUUGAGCACUGAUGGUACCCGAUAG